UUGAGGACAAUAAAGCAAUCGUAUGUAACUGAAGAAAAGUUAAAUGAAGUUAAAGAUGAGCUUACUAAUUUGAAAAAUGCAUCUUUCAUGAAUAAUAACUUUGACUGUCAUGUUAAUAGAAAGAGAGGUGGAAGCAUAUUAUCAUAUAGUUAUUUUUUGGAUAGCGGGCCUGCCGGUCUAUCACCCAUUUCGGAUGAGGAGAAAAAUACAACGCAUAGUCAAGUCGAGCGUAAUGAGUGCCUGUCGAGAGCUACUUGUGUCGAUGCGAGGGAACUAGCGGAGCCCCCCUCGCAUGAACACGCAUCCGCCCUGGAGACCCCCACCCCGAUCGACCAAGCGCAAGUGACUAAGUACAUGGAAGAGGCUAGCAAUACUGUUUUAAGCGUGAGCAUACGAUCGACUACGCUAGCGCCUGAGUCAGUGAUUCGAGCGGAUGGCGUUACAGAUACGCAUCAUCAAGUGAUGUCUACGCUAACAGGCGCUGCUAAUACUUUUGCUAAUACCUUUGCGUAUGUAAUAAAUACAGGGAAGCAAUGGAAAGCUGAGAAGCCGAAAGAGCAGUGGGUGUUAGUUCAACAAAAGAAAUUUAAAAAUCACUAUAACACAUUGGAAGGCAAAGCGCGAAAUAUAGGUAACGAAAAGUUUAAAGUUGCAUCUAUACAGAUUAAACCGAAGUUGCAGAGGCAGUACAGUUGUUAUAAGAUGCAAGUACCUAGUACCAAGCUCUCGCUGUUUCUGGAAGAAACUUUAUGGCCUGAGGGUAUAACGGUCAGAAAGUUUUUUGAAUUUAAGAACAAAGUAAAUGGAUUGUAG